AUGAAACCAUACAUGAUGUCACCAAGUAUGUUACUCAUUAUUGGCUUAUUCCAACAAUAUCAUUGUGUUAUUGCCAAUGAAAAACAUGAAGAAUUUGGUUCACGAUUCCAACAAGCAAUUAAAGAUGCGAUUACGAAAAUUGAUCAACUUGCUUCGAAUUGUCCAUUGGGAAGUUUUUUCUACAAUGGCUCAUGUUACUUUUACUUACCACCGAAACAGAUGAACAACUUGAAAGGAAUACGAUAUGAUGACGUAUCGGCUACCGAGGCUGCUUCUCGUUGUCGUUUAUUACGAGCUAAACUUUGGGAUAUUGACACUCUCGAUGAAUUUACUUAUGUUCUCGAUCGAAUUUACAACCAAACACCAUCAUUCGAUAGUCCACGAAUUGCCGUGAAUUUUACCCAAGGUCGUCGCUUAUUAAAAUUAAGACCAAGAACUUUGGACCAUCAAUAUUUAUAUUUGACUAAUACGAAUGAAUACUCAUUAACAUACAAACCAUCAUUUGAUUUGCCCGUGAAAAAUCUUUCUUUGGUUAUCGAUAUCAGCAAAGCAACAAAACGAAUAUCCUUAGAGGAGAAAUUUCGUCUCGAACGACGUAGCGAUCAUUUCAUAUGCAAAAUGAAAAUCAAUAGUUGUUACAAUAAUACCCGAUGUGGUCCACAUGGGACAUGUCAAAAUUUAGUCGUGAAAUACAAAUGUAUUUGCAAUUUUAUGUAUACUGGCGAAUAUUGUGAGAAAUUGAGCAGUCGAGGUGUUCAAUCAAUACUUGGUCUGAUUCUUAUCUGUUUAGCAUGUUUAUUUUUGAUAUUAUUACCACUAUUUCAUUUGUUGUACCAAAUGAAAGAUAAAAGAAAGUAA